AUGGAAAUUUUCGUCGUCGUGGCCCAGCUCCUCUUCCUCGAGUCGGAGAACCCCUCUAAGCCCCUCUUCCUCUACAUCAACCCGCCCGGUGGCGUCGUCACCGCCGGCCUCGCCAUCUACGACACCAUGUAGUACAUCCGCUCCCCCGUCUCUACCCUCUACGUCAGCCAGGCCACCUCCAUAGGCUCCCUCCUCCUCGCCGCUGGCGCCCCGGUCAAGCGUCGCUCCCUCCCCAAUGCCAGGGUCAUGAUCUACCAGCCGUCUGGGGGCGCCAUUGAGCAGGCAACCAACAUCGCCAUCCAUGCCAAGGAGAUACUCAAGGUGAGGGAGAGGCUGAACGCCAUCUACGCGAAGCACACAGGGCAGAGCCUAGAGAGGAUCGAGAGGUUCAUGAAGAGGGACAUGUUUAUGUCGCCCAAUGAGACCAAAGAGUUUGGGAUUGUGGACGAGGUCAUUGAGCACCGGCUGAUUGCGCUGGUUUCGGAUGCGGUCGAGGGUGAGGAGAAGGAGAUGAAAGGGAAGGGUGAGGGAUCGAGCCCGUAG